AUAAACACCCCCUUGUCAUCCAACCUCCACCAUUAUCUCACCCUCUUUGAGCUCUAGAGAGAGAAAUUGACCAUGCAGCCACAUUAUGAUAGCUCAAGUCUUAACAACAUGCAACAGCAAGACUACUUCUACUUAAACCAUUACUACAACAACUUAAACCCUUCCAACAACAAUCUCAAUAUUUUCCCAUACCCUCAAUUUCAAGAACUUAAUCUACAAUCUCCUGCAAGCAACAACUCUACCACGUCAGAUGAAGCAACUGAAGAUAUAUUCGUCAUCAACGAGAGAAAGCAAAGACGUAUGGUAUCUAACAGAGAAUCAGCAAGAAGGUCAAGAAUGAGAAAGCAAAGACACUUAGAUGAGCUUCUCUCGCAGGUUGCUUGGCUUAGAAGCGAGAACCAGCAGCUUUUAGAAAAGCUUAACCAAGCCUCGAAUAGCAAUGAUCUUGUUCUUCAAGAGAACUCGAGUCUUAAAGAGAAAAACUUGGCGCUUCAUCAAGUUAUCACAUCCAUGAAGAAGGUUAUAGGAGCAGGAGGAAGCAGAAGCAUCAAUGGCAGAUACUCUUCUGCUUCCUUGGAUCAUGACUUCUCUUCUAUUACAGAUGGAACUCAUCAGCCAUCAUGAGUUGUUUAUUAUGAUCCAACUUUUUAAAUUCUGCCUCUAGUCGAUAUCUGUUUUCUUUGUUUGGUAUCCGUCAAAUUACGGCCCAUAUAUAUCUUUUGAGCCGUAAGCAAAAGCGGAUUUUUAUGUAUCUUUUCUCUGGGCCAGACUUAGGUCUAGCACC